AUGACCGAGAACGGAGGCUACAAUGACAAGUAUACCGCAAUUCGAGACUUCAUUUCUGGGAUCAAAGACUGGCCAAAUCCUCCAAAACCACUGCCUCCAAAGCCCAUGACCUUUGCGCAGUCAGGAGUCGGACUGACGAAAAUUGGAAAUUGGUUCGAUUUCGAGACGGUGACGAUCAAUUCGAGCCUCUGCGUGAAGGGUCCUUUGGCAAAGACUUUUGAGGAGCUGGAUCAACCGAUGGGUUUCGUCAAAUAUUCCAUUGUUUUGAACGUGGGUGGAAGUGAACUCGACGGCAGUGGUAUUAAAGACUUCGGCUACGUGUUCGGUCGCGUCAGUCCAAAUUAUAAACCGCAUGAAGUCAGUAAGCUACAGCUGUCGUUGAAAAGAAAUGAUCUGCUUGAGAUCGUUGUGGAAAAUCAAGGACGGUUGACUUGGGAGACAACCAACGAUUUUAAGGGAAUGGUGGGACCGGUGAUGUUAGAUGGCGCACAGUUGACCGGAUGGACGUCAUGUGCAGUCGAUGUGCAGCGGCUUGUCGACGUCACUGCUCAGUCUUCGGUGUCGAGCACAUUCAACGUCGGUGACGUCUUCCGUGGUGACUUCACGGCCACCGGAAAAGGCGACACGUUCAUAGAUGUGUCCAAUUGGGGGAAAGGAGUGGUGUGGUUGAACGGCUUCAAUCUUGGACGAUAUUGGGGCAGUGCUGGUCCUCAGAAAUACCUCUACAUACCAGCACCGCUAAUUACCAAUGGAAAGAACACGCUGAUAUUCCUGGAGUUGGAACAGCUUUCUUCAGAGUGCAAAGGGACGCAGUGUACUAUCAAUCUGCUCGAUCAUCCAUUGUUGUACAAGUAG